GUCAGUGACUAGGAUAUACAAGUAGAACGUAGUGUGCGUAUGACAAUUUUCAAUAAUGCGAUAAAGACGACCAACAUGAGAGUUCAGCGUUUGGUGUUCUUAAUGUGUUAUGUAUUAUGCCUGGUAAAUUCGCAAACCAGUAUACCUGAGAAACUUCGAGAAUGCUAUACAAAUGGAAUUAUGGAAGGUACUCAGUUACCGAUGAAUUUACGAGUCAUAGUAGACAUCGUGAGAAAGGCAGAAAGAUAUUCAUAUAGUUCAAUGAAUAUGAGAGCAAUGGCUACAUCAUUGUUACAUAGAUUCAAAUUCGACGGCGUUGAAUUUCAUGAUAAUCUGUCAUUGAUUGAUGGUAUAUUUCCAUUCAGUGGUACAGGAUCGCAAAGAGCAAAGCAUAGAAUCAUUGAGGAAUUGAUUCCUGGAAACGCAGAUAGUUUCCAUUGGGAUGUUCUUACCUUAGAGGAACGAUGCGCGUUGCAUCGUGCUAUUUCAAAUACGAUAUGGAAUCAUCAAUCAGCAUCGGAUGAUAAACUGUGUACUUUUGGGAAUAUAGAGAAGAUAUCUGGCAGAUCAAUGACUGGUGACAAGAAAAAAUGUCCCAUAGAGUAUGGAGUAAUUAUAACACCAUUUGGUACUGUUGCAACUGGUGUAGUAAUAAGUGCAAUUGCUGCAUCCCUUCAGCCACAGAGUGUAAACAUUAAAAUGCUACUGCCAGCAAUUACUGUUAAAUAUUCAGAUGGUUUUCAAGAUAGUGACUUACAGAGUAUAAAUUAUAGCGAAGAUGAAGUUGAUCUUAUUGUACCAAAGCAUGAAAUUCUUCUACGGAGAUCAAUGUGGUUUCAAACACUUGUUGCUUCCUCUGCUAAGCUCGACAAUGUAUGGGCAGCUACCUUGUCAGGUGACUUAGCAGAAAUGGCUGUCUAUCAGGGUCCUAUCGUUGGUUCAGAAAUGGCAAUUGGUGCAACAGGAUUCUGGAAUAGCACUAUGCGUCCUAGCAUAUUCUAUCUUACAGAUAAACAUGGAAGUUUAGAUGCUACCAGAGCUGAAGUUGUAGGAGGAGUUGAUGGACUAGUGAUUGCAGGAAAUUUACAAGGAUGGAUUGAUCAGAUUCAUAGUCUUCGAUUGAGUCAGGUACUGGAUAUGUAUUACAGCAAUAGAGGAGUAUCUUUUGAUAAAAAUAUUAAAGCUUGCGAGAGAGCUAGAGCUUUCUUACACGUAGCUCCAAAAACGAUAUUGGAUGAGCAAACAUACACAAUGACACGUGUACUUGCAUAUCGCAAUAGCAUCGCAUACAUGACUGAUGAAGCGUUAGAGAGAAUGGCCGGUUAUGCGAGUAAUGCAUUUUUUAAUUAUGCAGACAAAUACUUAUUUACAGAAUUACACUGUUACAAUGAGAAGGAAAAGCCUCACGUUGAGAUGUUAAUAGCAUUUGAUGGAGCAUGGUCUAAAGAAUAUACUCAAGACUUUCUUGCCGUAUUGUUGGAAGAUACUGAUGUUUCUAUGUUUGGUUCCAAAAUGGGUAUAAUUCAUGGAACGACCGGCGAGUUGUUAUUAAAUGUUACAAACAGUCCUGCUGUCAUUCACCAUUUUAUAUCAGACAUGACAAAUAUGACUUGGCCUUCGCAACUGAAUUAUACUAGAGUAUUAGAAACAAUAUCUGUAUAUCUGGAUAAUGUAUGGGAACAGAAAAGCACAGUUCGUACCAUUGGAAAUCUUGGACAGGCAGUAGUAUUACUUGUUCCUCUUAAUUCACUGGACGAAACGGAACAAGCAUCGGCUAUGGUAAAAUUACGACAAAUUAAAUCUAAACAUCCAGAUGUACAUUUCUUGUAUUACACAUCUGAAUACAAUGCUCAAAUUUACCGAAAGUUUCUACUAACUCAGGAAGAUCAUUUGAUAAGGAGCUUACAAAUAGACGACAUUACAAGACACCUCUCAAUGGUGCCAAUGACAAUACGACCAAUUCCGUGUAAUGCAAAUAGUACAGUAGGAGCGAAAAAUCAAUUUGAAGCUUAUAUUAGUUCAGCACAAGAUAUGACAUACCGAUUGCAUCCAGCUUGGAGAAACAAUACGAUGAGAAUAAUAGUAACGGUACACGGUGUUGGCUAUGGUACAAUAAAAGUGUGUUCAUGGAACAAAUGGAAUAAUAACGUUGAAAGGAAAGGAUUCUAUUGCAAAGAAUUGUCUGGUCACAAAGAAAUUACUUUAACUGAUUAUUCUAUCUGUACAAAGGGCAAAUCCUGUCCUGAUACAUAUUAUAGGAUACAGAGUGUUUCAUCAUUAAUGAAAUGUACAGAAAUAGAUUGCGAAACACCAGAGCACGUAAGAUAUAUUAUUCGCGCCGAGAAUCAAUUCUGCUCAGGAUCAACAUCCACUGUGUUUCUGUUACCAAUUAUAAUAGUUUUUACGUUUACGUCACUGAUUUUGUAAAUAGUAACAUCAAAGUACAAAAAUUUACUACUCGCAAUGCGCCUACAAUAAUUUUAUAAUUUAUUAUUUGUUCGCUGCACAUGUCAUAAUUAGUUAAUCGUAUAAACAUAGACCAAUGAAAAAAAAUCAUGAAAUUAUUAAUACUUGAUGGUGUGCCAUUUUACAAUGGAAAUUGAUUAAU